UUCAUUUUCUUGCAAAAUACAUAAAGAAUAGUUUUGGACCUCCUAGGUUAUAGCCAUUUUCAGUUUUCUUUUUAAAAAUCGAAACACUGUUCAUGCGAUCACGAUUAACUCGGAGAUUCGACGCUUUAAACAAUUUUCUAAAGACUAUUCUGAAAAUGAUACGAAAGAAAAUACUUCCGGUCUAAAAGUGGGUGGUCAGUGUACAGCUUGUCUAGGAAACCGGAAAUCCACACAGCGUGCAGGCACCCGAUCAGAAGCAUGAAAGCAAUUAUUCAAAGAGUCAUUAAAGCGAGUGUAACAGUUGGGGAGAAGCACAUCAGUUCCAUUGGAAGAGGCAUUUGUGUUUUUGUUGGGAUUUCAACCCAGGACACACAGAAGGAUGUAGAUUACAUAGUUCGCAAGAUCCUGAAUCUGCGUAUAUUUGAGGAUGAGAAUGGCUGUGCAUGGAAUCGCAAUGUGAUGGACAAGGGCUUUGAAGUAUUGUGUGUCAGUCAGUUCACACUGCAGUGUACUCUUAAAGGAAACAAGCCUGACUUCCAUUCAGCAAUGCAUGCUGAUUCUGCUCAGCCCUUCUACAACAACUUUCUGGAGCAGUUGAGGAUCGCAUACAAACCAGAACUCAUCAAAGAUGGCCAGUUUGCUGCCUACAUGCAAGUACACAUUCAGAAUGAUGGACCUGUCACCAUUUAUUUGGAAUCUCCUGCUACCUGCCUAGAUGCCAGACAGUUAUCCAAACUAGAAAAGGAGCAACAGCGUAAGGAAAAAACAAGAACUAAGAAGAACUCGGUAUCUAGCAAGGACAAGGAUGCUUUACAUUCUAAUGUGGACCCCAGUGCUACUAGUGAGGCAGAAGCAGAGUUGUCUUCAGAAAAAGGUAUUUUGUUGGACUCAGAUCUCUCAGAUCUCAGACUGGAAAACCCAAUGAAGAACACUGAACUCAUUGUCGGCAACAAUACUCAAAAGUUUUGAAUGACAAACGUCCAUUGUUUUAGAUAUUUCUUACCUCUAGCUAAAACAAGUGUGUCUUGCCUGAUUCUAAGGCUAUGUGCACCUUAGUCCAAAUAGAUCUGAAAACUGCAUUUUCAUAGGUUUUAUUUGGCAUUUUCAAACCUAUCCACUUGGGAGAAUGUUUUUGGAAAGUUCACUUUUCUCUGGGCAAAACGCCAUCUCAGUGUGGAUGAAAGCCCAAAAACCUAAAAAAAAAUGUAUUUUCAAAUUUAGCAGGAUCAGUGUGUUUCCAAAAUGGUUUACAUUUGAUGUACAAUUUCUGUAAAGUUUUUACUCUUUCAUUUCCAAUGUUAACUGGUUAAUGUGUAAUCUGUUAUCUAAUUAGGGAGUUGAGACUGAUCUGUCCAGCUUCAAUUGAUUGGCUGCCAAUCUUCAGGGACUGCAAACAGGGCAGUGCAACUAAAGCUAAUUCAAGUAAUUACAAGGUUGUGUUGAAUGUAUACAUAAUUAUGAUUGCAAUAAAAAGCACACAUGAAUUAAAAAAAAAAGUA